GAGGGGUAAAGACAGGAAUGACGUGCUCAGUUCCCUCAAUUAUUUGCUUCCUGGUUUUAAGACAUUUUUUUCAACAACUUCUCGGCCGCUCGGUACAGACUUUUACUAACAAGAAGUAGAGAAGUAGUAACGCAGAACGAAUCAAGGGCCAGACAUGGACGACUUCAAAGUGAUGCUGCUGAGUAUCGCUUUAAAAAUCGACGAGAAGGAACUCGAGGAUUUAAAGUUUCUUUGCAAGGGGAAAAUUUCCAAGCGAAAAUUGGAAGGGAUUACGAGGGCGACCGAUCUCUUCACGGCUCUUACGGAGAUGGACGAACUGUCCGCAGACAAGUUAGACAUUCUCGAACAAAUGUUACGCCUGAUCAAAAGAAAGGAUCUUGUAAACGAAGUGAGUGCUUAUCAAGCAGGUAUUUCUACGCAGCCCAGCGUAGAAGAAAGAGGUCUGCUCGAUCAUGCAUUUGAAAUCAUAUGUGAUAAUAUUGGCCUCAAGUGGAAGAUGCUCAUGCGAAAACUUGGUCUCCCUGAAAAUAUUUUGGAUCGUGCCCUGGUCGCAAACCCUUACAGCCUGGUUGAGCAGCAGAUGACAUGUCUUAGAGAAUGGAAGCGGAGAGAAGGGAGCGAGGCAAAUGUAACCGUCCUGAUUCGAGCGCUAGAGAGCUGUAGCAUGAAAUUGGUGGCGGAUAUAUUGAGAGAUGAGCUCAAUGUAAACUAGACUCGUACGCACACUCUUUCAUUGGACUUCGAUUAUAUUAGUAACUCCAGCUUUCUGGUGGAUGGGCUUGAUACCCACUGAGUCUAUAAGUGAUGUCACCUGUGGAUCAUGAUGUCAUAACUUGAGCUGUGGGAUAUGGCCUUAAAGAAACAGUCAUGUCAAUAUCAUUCUUUUUAACAUAACACGUUUUUAUGUGAAGACUGGCAGUACAUACCAUCUACCCUUGGUCUGCAAAGCCACAUUCAUCAGCCCACUUUGGCCCAUGAUGAUCGUUCACAAUUUAGACUCAGGACAUUAAAACAAUAACCGCAUCACUGGUCAUACCAAGCCUGGACUACAACAAUGGCCUAUACCUGGGCAUGGGAGAUUACCUGUUCUUGGGUGAUGGCUUGACCGAUUAGUCAGUUAUAAUCAGCCUCCACCUAUCAGGACAUAAGAAGACCACCCA